GUGAUCGAUAUACUUGGUUCACUCACAGAAAGAGUUAUAUAAUAUCUGCCAUACAAGGUGAUUCGUUGAUUAGUUCUUCUUCUCUCGUUGAACAAGUAACCAAGUCCCCCAAAAAGUUGAGAAUGGUGUCAGGUGUUCAGCCCACUGGUUAUCUACACAUUGGUAACUAUUUAGGAGCACUUCGUCAGUGGGUACUGCAUCAAGAGCAAUAUGAAAAUUUGUUCUUUGUCGUGGACUUGCACGCUAUCACUGUUCCACAAGAUCCCAAAGGACUUGCUGAGGCCACUUUAAGUGCAGCUGCUCUAUUUUUGGCGUGUGGAAUUGAUCCUUCGAAGAGUACUAUAUUUAUCCAAAGCCACGUAAAGGCUCACGUAGAAUUAUGUUGGUUGCUAAAUUGUGUGACUCCGGUAAAUUGGUUGGAAAAAAUGAUCCAGUUCAAAGAAAAGGCACGCAAACAAGGAGAAAAUGUUUCCGUAGGAUUGUUUGACUAUCCAGUUUUGAUGGCAUCCGAUGUGUUACUUUAUCAAGCUGACUUGGUGCCAGUAGGAGAAGAUCAACAGCAACAUUUAGAAUUAGUACGAAGUAUUUCGAAAAGGUUUAAUUCUCUCUACGGGAAAAAGAAAAGAAUCUUGAAGGAACCAAAACCACUGAUUCAAGGCAAUACUUCUCGUAUUAUGGCGUUGGAUGAUGGGACAAGCAAAAUGAGUAAGUCAUCCACCAAUGAUAUGUCGAGAAUCAAUAUAUUGGAUCCUCCUAAUACGAUACAGCGAAAAAUACAGAGAUGCAAGACCGAUAGCUUGAUGGGAAUUGUUUCUGAUCCUGUUGGUCGUCCAGAAUGUACCAAUUUGUUGAACAUUUAUGCAGCGUUUACCAACCAGUCGUUGACACAAGCAGAGGCAGAGUGUCGAGAAAUGUCGUGGGGUCAGUUUAAAAGAGUUUUAACUGACGCUUUGACAACUUCUUUGGAACCCAUCCAGAGAAAAUACCAUGAGCUGCGAAAAGAUGAAGACUUUUUGAGACAAAUUUUGAAAAAUGGAAGCGAUUAUGCUUCAUCCAUUGCCCAAGUAACGAUGCAACAAGUCAAAGACUGUAUGGGUUUCAUUCCAAUACAUUAAAAUGAGCUGUUAAUAUUCGUCGCCACUUUUUCCUAUUUGGAUAAAACACACAAGGACUUU